CCAAUCGGAGGCUGCGGUGGGCGGGCACAGUUAGCUCCGGCGGUGCUACGGGCGCGAGGCGGGCGCUGCGGCAGGAGGGAAGAUGGCGGACGAAGAGAAGCUGCCGCCCGGCUGGGAGAAGCGCAUGAGCCGCAGCUCAGGCCGGGUGUACUACUUCAAUCACAUCACCAAUGCCAGCCAGUGGGAGCGGCCAAGUGGCAAUAGCAGCAGUGGCGGCAAAAAUGGACAGGGGGAGCCCCCCAGGGUCCGCUGCUCACACCUGCUGGUCAAGCACAGCCAGUCACGGCGACCCUCGUCCUGGCGGCAGGAGAAGAUCACCCGGACCAAGGAGGAGGCCCUGGAGCUGAUCAAUGGCUGGUGCGUGCACGCCCCUUGGCCAGGCUGUCAGGUCUCAGGGAUCCCUGUGGCCGCACCCACGGCCCCAGCGCCUGGAGGCGCUUGUACAGGCUGGGCAUGCGUGGACAGGUGUGUUUCCUGGAGGCAGGUAGGUACACCAGGGGGCACUGUGUGAUCAGGAUCCCCAGCAGCGGCGUGCAGAGGUUCAGAAAGAAGAGGAGGCAGAGUGUCAUGCCACAGGGGCAAGGCAGGCUGAUAACCAAAGUCCAGGGAGCAGAGGAGAAUCCUACUGAUAGGGAUGUAUGUGUCUGGAACCAGAGGACCCUCUAGCAGCUCCAGGGACUGUCUGCACCACCCCAAGGCAUUACAGGCAGAAGUGUGACGUCAGUGAGCCUGACUGGACAGGUCAUUGCCGUGAUGACCAGACCAGACUGAGAAGUGCAGGCAAGGAAGGCAAGAGGUGGGCCAGUCAGAGAGAAGUAGGGGCAGCCUCGUCCCUGGGGUGCACAGCCCCCACGGAAGGGACGAUGGUGACAUAAGUGACAGAUCAUUGUCAGGGUCUCUUUCCAUGCUGGGCAGUAUGCUAUGUGGCCAGCUGGCAAAUGACUAACAGUUCAGGCCCAGAGGUACAGGGUGGUCAGGGCAAGACAAGAGUGACAGGGACACGAAGGAGGCAGAGGGAAGGACUCAGCAUGGAAGCAGGCAAGCGGAUCGGACACCAGGACAGUGUGGUCGCUGCCGUGACAUGCAGUGAGGCCAGGUGAUGGGCACGCUGUCAUGGUCAUGCCAUGUCCCAGGCAGGUAGACUGUAGCAACAAGGUCAGGCAGGAUCCCAUCUGAGGCCAGUGAGCCCAGUGAGUGAAGUCUGCAUUGGCCUGAUGUCAGGCAGACAGAGUGUCUGGGCCUCAGCACCUCAGGUAGAUUAAUCAGUGUCCCUGGCAUGUACAGGUACCAAGCAGGCAUGUCACAGCCUCCUUUAGGAAGAGAGGAGCAAGAGGUGGAGGUGUCACGGUGGUGUCACCUGUAGGUGUAACAGGGUGACCCUCACGUCCAGGUUGCUAAGCCACAGGGGUGGGGUCCCAGGCCCCUCAGGGUGAAAGCCCCCAGGAGAGCAGUUGUCAAGAAAGCCACACGGGGCCACUCAGGACAACAGGCUGUCCUUGCAUCCUGGGGCCAGAGGUCCCAUGAGCCCACCUAGCGGCUGCACCCAUGGGCAUAGGGAGGACGUUGGCAGGGAUGCCCAUCAUUUGCCAGGGCAGCUGGUCGGAGCAGAAUGGGUGCAUUUAGGAGAGGAAAGGAUGCUCUCUUGACUCAGCAUGGGGGCUGGUGGCUCCUCACCCCCAAUACACACCGCCCUCCCUCGGUCCCCCCUACCCCCCCAAUGUGCCACACAGGUCCAACACCACCCACUGGUGCCCCUCCGCUGGGGGCCCUGUUCCUCAGUCAUCCUUGCCCUUCCCUCCAUCAGCCCCACGCUCCUUCCCUCCAGGGAGAGUCCGUGCCCAGUGGGGACAGUGUGGGCUGCACAGAGCGAACCUGGUGCGCUGCCCACACAACAUGCCGGGGCAGCUGAGAGGAGAGCCAGCAGCUGCGCCGGGGUUAUGGUCCACGGCAAUGGCACACAUCCUUCCGAGGGCCACCCCAGUGAGCAGCCAGGCCCACCUCCUGCCCGGAACGAUGGCACAGCUGAGUCCUCUGCCGGCUCCUGUGGAAGAGCUGGGCACGCACCCUGGCCUCCUGCCUUUCUCCUAGAAGCCUCUAGAGGACUCUCCAGCCCUGUCCCAGGGGCUCUGGGGUUCCUGGGUCCCAGCCACCUCUUCAGUGUCUGCCCCCUUCCUGCUUUCCUCCCGACAGGAGCCUGGAGGUCUCCCUGUGCAUUUGGGGUGGGCAGAGGGCAGGCUGUGCUCACGGUGUCACCCAUGUGGUGGGACGGGUUCAGGGACCGUCUGGAGUGACGUGCUGCCCUCACCUGCCCACCACCUGUCCUAAAGGUCUCUCUCCCUACAUGCCCA